ACCCACUUGCCGUGCUACCACAUUGACGUCUUGCAUGUCGCUGGGUCUGUCGUGCAGCGGUUAGUACACUGCGAUAUAAAACCGGCAUCCCGGGUUCUAUUAUCGCUCGUGGUCAACACCAAUGACGAUUAUCUGAGACGGUCCUGGGCCUUCCCCGAGGUCGACAGGCCUCAAAUGAGGAGCUGCUGCGGUGUGUAAACUUUGCCACAAUGGUGACAAGGGCGGCAGGGUGUUGUUGCUGUUCACCCACCCCCGCUACCUCGUGUGCUGUGCCGGCCUUCAUAGGCGCUAUGAGCUGUGGAUUAUAUAAAAUCGCUUCUUGUUGUCUUUGUCUCGUUCUCUCUUUCCAGCUGUGGGUGCUCGGUAAAGAAGAUGGAGUGAUGUGGUCGUGAUGAACACUUCCCUAAUGUCCGUGCCUCUCUUCCAGCAAGCAUUCAACCGUGAUGGCCUCCAGGAGUUGCCUGCUGGUAAAAUGGAGCAUGUGGAAACUCACCACCCUCCGGAAACCCAGUCCUUGCCAGGCAAACAGUUCUACUGUUCGAUGGAAGGGUGCGAGGAGGUUUUGGACAGCAUGCAUGUUCUCGUGAAGCACAUGCGUGUGCACCACAAGCCGCUCCGCUACUACAAGUGCGAGAACUGCAGCGCUCGCUUCCGCACGCACCGCGUGGUGUGCAAGCACCUGCAGCUGUGCCUGGCAGACAGCGCCCUCAAGCUGGCGCUCAACCCCCGGCCCGGCAAGCUCCAGCAACAGCAGCAACAGCAGCAACAGCAGCAGCAGCAUCAGCAACAGCAGUCGGCCGAUGGCAGCUAUGCUGCUCUGCCUGGCGGGGAGACGGUCGGAGGUGGGAGCUGGCAGCAGCACAACGCGCUGAAGGAGCUCCUUUCAUCGUCGGUGUACAGCAGCGCCCAUCAUCAUCCUCAUCAUCAUCACCCGCUGCCAGCGUCUUCGUCGUCCUCGUCUUCGAGCUUAUCGUCCUCGUCGGUGACGGCGGCCUUCCGGCAGAAUUUCGGCGGGGGAUCGGCGCGGCAUUCGCAGUCGUUCGCCGGCGCCAGGGCUGGCCACGGGGGUAGCGGCGUGGGCAGGCAGCAGCAGCAGCAGAUGUCGUUCACGAACAGCCGACGACAGCAACACCAGCAACAGCAUCAGCAGCAGUCGGUGAACACUUCUGCUCAUCAGGUCCAGCCGCACCCUGCGGCCUCCGCCGUCUCCGUGCUGCAGCGAGCACCGACGGCGUCGCGAAGCCGGACGUCCCCGGCGCCCACCCCGCCGGCGGCCUACCCUCCUGUGACCUUCGCCUACGCUCAGUCGGCGGGGGGCGGCACCAUCGUGUCCAACCCGCAGGCGUAUGCCGUGCCCCAGCAGCAGCAGCAGCAGCAGCAACAACACCACCAGCAGCAGCAGCACCAGCAACACCACCAGCAGCAUCACCAACAGCAGCAUCACCAACAGCAGCAUCACCAACAACAGCAGCAACACCACCAGCACCACGCAAUGGUGUCGGACGGCGGCGCCGCCGCUUACCAGCACGUCUCCUCGGCGCCGCCGCCGUCGUCCUCGUCGUCGUCUUCGUCGUCGUCGGCGACCCUGUCGGCGGCCACCGCCUCGUGCAUCGUGCCCAACGCGCACGCCGCCUUCCCCGAGGCCGACGGCGCCUACGGGAAGGCCUACGCGAAGGCCUACGCGGCCGUCGGUUCCGCUUCGGCCCGCGAGGCCGCUGCCGCAGCUGCGGCGGCGGCGGCGACGGCGGCGACCCAGCAGUACACCUACUCCAAGCCGAUUCCACAGCUCAUCUCGGACGCGGCUCACGGCACCCGCGACGCCAGCUACGCCAAGCACGCGCAGCCGUACGUCUCGGCCGCGGCUGUGUCUCCACUGUCGCAUGCACAGCAGCAGCAGCAACAGCAGCAACAGCAGCAACAGCAGCAGCAACAGCAGCAACAGCAGCAACAGCAGCAGCAGAGUUACAGCAAUGACAGCAGCAAUGGUGGUGGCGGCGGCAACAACGGAGACCCAAACUCUCCGCGCUCCACCGAAGCGUUUGGCUCUCCCGGCCCCAUGCCACGGCUGGUUCCGGUUGGACCGAACGGGCGCAGCAAUGGCAGCCAGGUUGCCGGAGGGAACGCGGCACAGCAGUCUGUUAACUACGGUGGCGGAGGUUCUGGUGGUGGUGGUGGCGGCGGCGUGCGCAGCAAGGCAGCGUCUUUCCGGCAGGAGGUGGGUGGCACAGAGCCCCCACGGGACUCGCCGGCGCUGUUUUCGUACGCGCAGAGCGUGGUAGAGCAGGUUUACUCGUACAACGCACAAGCGGGUAACGGCACCCACCAGCAGCAGCAGCAGCAACAGCAGCAACAACAGCAGCAACAACAGCAGCAGCAACAACAACAACAGCAGCACAGGAGAUCGGGACACCACCACCAUCACCAGCAGCAGCAGCAAAGGCGAUCUGGGCAUCACCAGCAGCAGCAACAGCAGCAGCAGGAGCUCAGCCCCACCACCUCCCAGAGCGACAGCUCCCCAGAGGGCGCGCUCGCAGCGCAGCACAACGAGCGCACCAGCUUCCAGUCUCCGUCGUCGGCGGGCACGGCCGCCCGUGCCAAACCGUACUCGGCGGCGGGGGCGGCGAGCGCCGGCGUGAUCGUGCCGCAGCGCGCGUACGUCCCCCAGCCGCCCUCGUCCUCCUCGUCCUCCUCCUCCUCGUGCUCCUCGUCGUCCCUCGCGACGAUGGCGGCGUCGGCCGAGCCCCAGACGUUCGGGGCCCUGGCGCAAGCGCUGCCGCCGCUGCUCAACAUGGCGGCGCAGUUCUCGGCGGCGGCGCACCUCUCGUUCGGCACGGCGGUCGCGCCGCAGCAGCAGCACCACCAGCAGCAGGCGCAGCACCAGCCGCAGCACCAGCCCCAGCACCAGCAGUCGGUGCAGUUCCCCUACGGCGGCGCCUACACGCUGCCCCCGUUCCAGCCCGUGUUCCGACCGCAGGCGAAUCUGUUCGCUCACCCGCACUGCCUCCCGUCGUACGCCAGCACGCACUGGCUCGUCAACGCGGGCCAGUCAAGCAGCGGCAUUCCAGUCUGGCAGCAGCCAAGCCACCCGUACAGCUUUCCUCAGGCCCCCUAUCCCAGCAUGCCCCGCGAAGAGCCGAGUCUCCAGCGCCACUUGAAGCUGCCCGACUCGGCGGUGCGACACGACGCAGAUUUCGCCGCCGGCGUCAUCGGUUACCACACGGGCGCGAACCUGGUGCCAACACCGUACACGCAGCACAGGGACUUCCCCCCGCAGUGACACUCGCCCCCCCUGCCCCCCCUCCUGCCUCACCCCCAAGCGCCAGCUUCCCGCCGUCAGCUUUCUCCCUUUGAUUUCUCCACCCCCCCCCCCCCGUCUCACCCGGUGGUUGAGUUCUGCUUGUUGACAUCGGCUUCAAGAAGGCGGCCCUCUGGAUAUUCACCGUCGGAAACCCCCCCCUUCCCCUCUGCCGAAUUCGGCGGAUUGCCACGAUCGGCCGUUUGCGAUUUAAUUGGAAUAGCCGCGAAGUGGUGUUGGGGGUGGGGGGCGGGGUGAAGAAAACUAAAUUAACGGCACGAGCAACGGUGUGCCCACUCGCAAAGCCGCACGAAGGCAAACCGACUACUCCCCGUUGAUGCGCUCGCAUCGUGCAGGCGGUCGCGCGUGACCGCCCCUGCUGCGCUGAAAGAAAAAAAACUCCGUCGUCGCGCUCAAACCUCGUCUAGACCACCGACUCAAAAAAGGGGGACUUCAGGGCAUGGCCGCGUUUGUCGUUUGGACCGAUAAACUCGGAGAGGUUGGAGGCGCAGCCGUCCUUGUUGACGCCAACUCUCUCGCGGCUUUUUGUCCGCAGGAACGCCGCCGAGAGUCAUGCGUGCGGUGCGAUCUGUAAGAGCCCAUCGCGGUGUGAACGCAAGGAACGCAAGUCGGUGAUUUGGUUGCGCUUGCGAUUUGAUUAGCCGAAUUUUAGAAUCGUUUUAAUCCGAGAAUCAUUAAAAAUCGCUGCUGGUGCCGUAUCCUGCAAUCAUCGCUCUGUGUCGAUCGGUGGGACUUGCUCACCCAAUGCUACCCGGCGCUAUCCCACACACAACCCCCCCUCGUGGCUCUCUGCGUGGCGUUUUGUCAUGUGACGCACAACAAACCAGAUCAGGUUUUGUUUUAUUUUUGUUUCGUGGCCUUGGGGCUACCACCUCACCGCGCUUGAGAGAACCCUGGUUUAGUCUCAGCCGUGUGUGGAAACUUACUCUCACACCCAGGGUCACUCGCUGGUUCUGGCUCAUUGACUAUUGAGCUACGUGGGCCACGUUUCAAGGUAGCCAGAUGUGUACAGUCGGCUCUCGAUUACUUGCGUGCGCGGCUUAUCCGAUUUGCGGAUUAACCGUGCAGGUGAGGUUUUGACGUAAAUUAAUAACUUAUGAUUUUCCCUUCAAGGCCAAACUCAUAAUCUAAAAACACUUAUACAUUAAUUCUAGAUUUGAAGUUUUCGUGACUGCAAGGAUUCAUAUUCUUAGGUUUUUUCGGUAAAGUCACGUAGGUAAAAAAUUUAAAUUAAUAAAAAUAAAAUAAAAAUCACGACGUUUCGGAGGCAACACAAGCUUCCGUCUUCAGGUGGAACCGUCACAGCACGACAGCUGUAUCAAGUA